AGCUCUUGGAGGAGCACUCCAGUUGGUUCCAUUGUUCCCAUGUCCUUUACCAUCCCCGUCACUGGUAGAGCACCAGGAGGUUACACUGUGUACAAGGUGGCCUUUGAGGUGAAGGUCCAACUGCCUCAUGGCGAGAUGGUAUUCAAUAAGGUGUGUACAUCGUGUACAAUAGUCAAUGCCAGUGGUGAUUCAUAAUAAUGUGUGUGUGUGUGUGUGUGUGUGUGUGUGUGUGUGUGUGUGUGUGUGUGUGUGUGUGUGUGGGUGUGUGUGUGUGUGUGUGUGUGUGUGUGGUGUGUGUGUGUGUGUGUGUGUGUGUGUGUGUGUGUGUGUGUGUGUGUGUGUGUGUGUGUGUGUGUGUGUGUGUGUGUGUGUGUGUGUGUGUGUGUGGUGUGUGUGUGUGUGUGUGUGUGUGUGUGUGUGUGUGUGUUUUGAGGUGUGGAAGAGGUUCAGGGACUUCCAGCAGUUGGCACGGCAACUCGAGGAGCUACACGUUCGAUCGGGGUCACCUGACAUGUUUCCAAACCUUGUUAAGCCUAGCUACUUUGAGCGUUUCAAGGAGGCUGUAAUUGAUGAGAGAAGGAUCUCGGCUGUAGCAAUGCUCAAGUUUGCCUCCUGUAAAGAUUACCUCACUCAGCCUCUGAGUCAGUUCACAGAGGGUUCAGUGAAGGUCGAGUCGAUGCCCUUCCAGCAGACACCCGUACAACCCACCACCACUUUUAUUGAUAAACCCAAAGACACUGUCCCACUCUCAAAAAUGCUGAAAGAUUCCCCGCAAUUCUCCCGGGCUACUGAUGACAGCAACUCAAACAACAAUAAACUACCCAUGCCUACUGAAGGCAACAAAGAGAGUGAAGAUGAGGACACUGAAGACAGUGGAGACGAUGAUACUGACGAUUGUGUCACCACUUAUCAACCCGAGGACAAACCUGAUGUUAAAGAGAUACCAUCUGAUGUUAAAGAGACACCAUCUGAUAUGAAGGAGGCACGGGUUGAUCUGACCGGUGAGGGGUGGUGGACAGAGGCCAUGGCAGCUACUGAUGAUCUGGACAGUCUAGUGGAUCAGUUAGAGGGAGGUGUUGAGGGUGUGAGCACACUCAGUGCAGAGUCAGGCAGGAAGUCUCGAUCACCAUCCCCUGGACGUAAGAAAGGACCGGACUACAUCUCUCAGGCUGGCAGGCUAAUAACAGCUGCUCUUCGUUGUGAGGCCAGUUGCGAUUAUCAGGAGGCAUUUGAUCUGUUCAAGGCUGGUGUUGACCUCCUCCUCAACGGUGUGCAGACUGAUGGUAGUAAGAGGCGUCGUGAGAUUGUGAGCAGGAAGACAGCUGAAUACUUGCAACAUGCCGAGGCCCUCUACCAGGAGCAUCUCUCCAAUACACCCACACAGCAGCCAACAGCCUCCAAACCUCAUCUGCUGCCUGACUUUAAAGUAGUGGCUCUCAUAAACAAGGUGGUCCUGGUGGAGAGCAGACACAGUGGACAAAGGUUUGCCAUUAAGGUUCUCUACAAGUCCCUCCAGGCAAUGACAGCUGCAGGAAAGGGCAGGACAACCACCAACAGAGCUCCAGGUCACUGUAAGUACAUGGUCAAGUUGCUGCAUCACUAUGAGACUCCUAAUCACCGCAUCUUCCUGCUACUGGAGUACAUGAGACGUGGAAGGCUGAUGGAUCACGUAAUGGCUAAGAGGGCACAGUGGAAUAGACUCCAUGAGGCAGUUAUCAACCCUCACCCGUCAUCAUCUCUCAUCAUACAACAGGAGCAGGAGGACAACGUCAUCGGACAACAAGAGCAGGACAACGGAGGAGAUAAUGAGAUGGAUGACAUGUUGUUGGAGCUAUCUCGACUGGCUCCGCCCACUUCUCUCCCAACAGAUAGUCUUACCUCGGCUGAGUCAGGAGAUGUUCCAUCUUCUGAUGGAGAGGACAGUUUGACAUUACUAAGAAGACGAUUGGAGGCUACUACAGCGGAGGUAGUUAGCCUCACUGUACAACCCCCCACGCCCACCACCGGACCAGGAGGAGUCCCCCCCACACAGCCCACGCUCCCCACCGGACCAGGAGGAGUCCCCCCCACACAGCCCACACUCCCCACCGAACCAGGAGAUAUCCCUUCCACGCUCUCCACCGAACCAGUGACUGUCCCCCCGAGACUGUCCCCUGCUGGAUCAGGAUGUUCCACACCGAGGUACUCACCAGGGAGAGCUUCUCCUGCUAGCAAGGUGACCACACCGAGAUACUCGCCAGGGAGAGCCUCUCCUGUCAGCAAGGUGGAUGAGUGGGUGGCUCGUCUGGAGGAUCAUGUGAGGGAAUGGGCAGCUCACAUCAUACUGGGUAUUGAGUACCUUCACUCUCAUGGAAUAAUAUGCAGAGACCUGAAUCCAGCCAACAUCCUCCUCACUGACUCAGGAAAAGCACUGUUGACUUACUUUGGCAAGUGGGACUUUGUGGAGGCUAACUCAAAGUUCAAGCUCAGCCAACAACUGUACACGGCUCCUGAGCUGGGAGGUCUGAGUGACACCACUGAGGCGUGUGACUGGUGGAGCCUGGGAGCUAUACUCUUCGAGAUACUCACUGGCCAGACACUGUUGUCCUGCCAUCCUGAUGGUGUGCACUCCCACCUCCCCCUCAAGCUACCAGUGGUCCUCUCCCCUCAGGCACUGUCCCUGCUCACACAGCUGCUCACUGUGGACCCUAGGGAGAGGCUGGGAUCUGGUGUAGCUGGUGCAGAAGAGGUCAAAGCGCACGUGUUCUUCACUAGCAUUGACUGGACUACCCUCUGACUCGUUAUAGAGUGAACGCUAGAAAUCAUUUUUUUUAUUUAUUGAUUCAUUAAUUAUUUUUGUUACUAGUUUUUUGAAUUCAAAUUUUGCAAUUGAUGAUAAUAAUAA